UGGCGGCGGGGUCGGGCACAGAGCGAAUGCGUUCCCUUGUGCCUGCCGGGUUUCGCUGCUCGAAAGCUGUGUCCCGAAAGCCGUGGUCGGUACGGCUGUUCCCGUUCCGGGUUUGCCGGAAAACGGCGUUGUGGGAAAGCACUCCUUACACUUUCAUUGCUUCCUGCCUCGGUGUCAUCUGUUGCUCGUCUGUUCUGUGUAUUCGCGGGUAUUUCGUAGGAGCAACUGGUCAUGGUGGAACUAUCAGGAAUUAUUGAUUCAGACUUCUUAGAAAAAUGUGAAAACAAAUGCAAGAUUUUGGGAAUAGAGACAGAGAGGCCCAUUUUACAAGUGGACAGAUACGUAUUUACUGGAGAAUAUGAAGAUACUCUGGGAACCUGUGUGGUUUUUGAAGAAAACACAGAGCAUGAUGCAGAAGGCAACCAAAAAGUGCGGCUGAAAUACAAGUGCCACACUAUGAAGAAGCUGAAUAUGGUACGAACUCUUUUGACAGAAAAGAAGGAAGGAGAAGAGAAUGUUGGUGGAGUGGAAUGGUUACAAAUCAAGGAUAGAGAUUUUUCUCACAGCAGGCCAAAUAUGAUUUGCAGCUUUCUGCGUGAAAAAGAAGAGUCUGAGGAGUCAGCUCAGGCCCAAGACAAAUUGACUGAAGAGUCAGAGGGAGAGGUGAGUGGUGGAGGAAACUCUGACAUGAAUUGUGAUCUGGAGAAGCAGCACAGCUUGGAAAUAGAUGCCUCUAUUCCUCUGCCUGACAGCCCUGCUUCUGGGGCAGAGGAUUCCCCUUCUGGAAGCAUUGCCUUAGAUGAUGCCCCUCCGUGAUAGCAGCUCUAAUUUUUUCAGGAUUGUUCAUGGGGUUAAUGGUCCAACUUUGAAAUCCUAACUUGUAUAGGCUGUGACAUGGUUUCCAAUUAAUCUGAGGAACUAAUAGUGGAAAAAUAAACAUUGUUUUCUUGCAAAUUGCUUUUAUGUUGGAUUAGGUGGGAAGGGCUUAAAUGUUUUUUUUAAAUGCUGAAUGGAAACAUGUGUGUCUCUGCCUCAAAAUUGAAGAAGAAAUGAUUGUUAUUUAAAAAACACCAAAAAAUAUUGAGGUACAGUCUGGGACGUUUUAUAAAAAGGAAAAAAAAUUGUUUAAAAUAAAGCCUUGAAUUUUUCACGUAUA